AUGGCUACUAAACGAAAAAACGAAAAUUUUCUUCGACAAUUUCGUGAUGAACAAAGUAAAGAGUUAAAACAGUUAACAGCGGCACAAUUUAUGGAAAUUUGGAGUCAUUAUGAUACAGAUGGAAAUGGAUUUAUUGAAGGUCAUGAAUUAGAUGACCUUUUACGUGAAUUAGCAUCAAGUGUUAAUCUGACUGAUGUGGGACCAGAGUUGAUUCCGGACAGUGUUUUACAUGAACUUAAAGAAUGUUUUCUUGAAGCUUAUGAUGAAAAUGCCGAUGGUAAAAUUGAAAUUGGAGAAUUAGCUGAAAUUCUACCAACUGAAGAAAAUUUUCUACUAUUAUUUCGAAAAGAUAAUCCAUUAGAAUCAAGUGUAGAUUUUAUGAAAGUAUGGAAAGAAUUUGAUAUUGAUUGUAGUGGUUAUAUUGAAGCAGAUGAAUUAAAACAAUUUAUUAAAACAUUAUUGGAAAAACGAAAAGGUGGUAAAGCAUACGAGCCAAUAAGAGAAGAAAAAUUAAUUGAAUAUACUGAUACAAUUUUGCAGAUUUUUGAUACAAAUGGUGAUGGUAAAUUACAAUUUAGUGAAAUGACAAAACUCUUACCUGUCAAAGAAAAUUUUUUAUUAAGACCAAUUUUUAAGGGAUAUGCAUCGAUUACUUCACAAGAUUUAGAUCGUGUAUUUCAAUUAUAUGAUAAAGACAGAAAUGAUAUUAUUGAAGAAGAAGAACUCGAUGGCUUUGUUAAUGAUUUAAUACAAUUGGUCAAAAAAGAUUAUGAUAAUGAAGAUUUACAACAAUUUAAACGUUCAUUAUUAAAUGGUUGCGAUGUUAAUCGAGACAAAAAAAUUAGUAAAGCUGAACUAAAAAUGAUUCUGUUAUCCUUGUCGGCUUAA